AUGCGUCAGGCGUGUCGGCCUGAGGCGAGGCGGGGUGCGAGUGGCUGCCAUCCGAUAGGGGGGCGGCGGUCCGUCAGUCGGAUGGAAAGUGAGGAGGCUCAGCAGGCCGUGGAGAUAAGCGGUUCCUCAGCAGCAGCCCGGGAGGAUGUCUUCCCAAAAGCUCCAGCUCUGAGCGAUCGGAGGAGGGGGUUUCAGCAGCCGGAGACCUGGAAGUGUCAGCGUCGUGGGUUGGCGAGACCCCUUUGUCCCGUUUCCGGGCCAACGAAAGCACGGCCCAGUGGCACCCCGGAGUCGGAGGGAAUCGGGCCGGAUUUUGGGGCGUCGGUGCGGUUUUCGGGGGUCGUGGCAGGUGACGCGCUCCGCUCUAAUUGGGUCGGGCGGCACGAGGUGGUUAAGACUCCGAGCAAAGCCAAGGUUCAGAGGUUCAGGCCAGGAGAAACGAAAGCGGUUUUCUUCACCUCCCGAACCCUUGCUCGUCUUCCCCAGGGCGGCCGGGUGUUCUCGGGGAUCCAGCCCACCGGAGUCCCCCACCUGGGGAACUACCUGGGGGCCCUGGAGAACUGGGCGGCCUUGCAGGGGCGGUUCCCCUCAGUACUCUACAGCAUCGUGGACCUCCACUCCAUCACCCAGCCCCAGGACCCCGCCCAGCUCCGCAGCAACGUGCUGGACAUGGCGGCCAGUCUGCUGGCCUGCGGGAUCGACCCGGAGAAGGCCAUUCUCUUCCAGCAGUCCCAGGUGUCGGAGCACGCGGAGCUCUCCUGGAUCCUGGGCUGCCUGACCAGCAUGCCCCGUCUGAGACACCUCCCCCAGUGGAAGAUGAAGAGCAAGCAGCGGAGCGAGGGCAGCGUGGGCCUCUACACCUACCCCGUCCUGCAGGCCGCCGACAUCCUCCUCUACAAGUCCACUCACGUCCCCGUGGGAGAGGACCAGGUCCAGCACCUGGAGCUGGCCCAGGACCUGGCCCGCAUCUUCAACCAUCGCUACGGCGAGCUGUUCCCCGAACCCCGCGCGCUGCUCAGUUCCACGCAGAAAGUCAAAUCCCUCCGCGACCCGUCGGUCAAAAUGUCCAAGUCGGACCCCCACGCCAUGGCCACCAUCUCCGUCACCGACUCCCCCGAGGACAUCGCCCUCAAGAUCCGCCGCGCCGUCACCGACUUCACCUCCGAGGUGACCUACGACCCCGAGGCCCGGCCGGGCGUGUCCAACCUGGUGCUGAUCCACGCCGCCGCCGCGGGGGUCGGCGUCCCCGAGGCGGUGGCCCAGGCCCGGGGGCUCAGCACGGCCGCCUACAAGGGCCUGGUCAGCGAGGCGGUGGUCCAGAGGCUGGCGCCCAUCCGGGAGGAGAUCCGGAGGCUGAGGGAGGACCCCCCCCACCUGCAGGCGCUGCUGGCCCGGGGGGGAGACAGGGCCCGGGAGAUGGCCGCGCCCGUGCUGGCGGAGGUCCGGCGGAGGGUGGGCUUCAGCUGAGGAGACCCCCCCCCACCCCCCCCCGGGGCCUGCCCGGGCCGGGCCCCCCCGUUUCCAGGGACUCCUUCUUUAAGACUCCGGAGCACAGCUCCACACUUGACUUAUUUAUGAACUCCCCCCGAUGUUUGACUCUACUUCCAACACUUUUUACAGGAUUUUUGUCUGUUUUUUGACUGUUUUCAGCCCAAUCUAAAAUCUCCGAAAAACAAUAAAAAAAACAGCUGGAAAUGUGUGUGUUCAGUGUGUACCGGUCUCAUUAUUCAUACACAAAUGUGGAGGUUGUUGUUUG